GUAUAACUAUCUAUAAAGUCCAUGGUGAAAUAUGGAUCCCGACAAUGAAUGUAUUCUUUUCUAUGAAAAACGUUUUCAUUGGAAUCAAGCUAAACUUUUUAGGGGAUACUCCACGGAGCUAUCAUGUAAGUCCAACUAUAAUAACUAUCCAGCGAACGGACAUCUUCGACCGCGAAUGUCUCUCUUAGGAAAGCCGCUGGCCUACAAUCGCGGCACACGCCGUGACGCUCGCUAUCGGCGGCUACAAAGUCGUGUAUAUAAUUUUUUAGAGAGACCCCGCGGAUUGCCUGCAGUUUUAUAUCACAUCAUGGUGUUUUUUAUGGUAUUCACUUGCUUAGCUUUAAGCGUCUUCUCCACCAUCGAAGAGUACGAGAAAGAUGCAAUUUAUAUACUAUUUCGUAUGGAAAUAUUAGUUGUAAUAUGGUUUUCGUUGGAGUUCUGCUUCAGGCUGUGGUCAUCCGGAUGUCGUUCACGCUAUCAAGGAUGUGUGGGACGUCUGAAAUUCGUGAAGCGACCCUUUUGUAUUAUAGAUAUUAUAACAAUAGCCGCCUCGUCGGUGGUGUUGGGCAUGGGCACCUCGGGUCAGGUGUUCGCAACAAGUGCACUUCGGGGGCUGCGCUUCUUUCAAAUAUUGCGCAUGGUGCGCAUGGAUCGGCGUGGCGGCACGUGGAAGUUGCUGGGCAGCGUCGUUUACGCACAUAGACAGGAACUCAUAACGACUAUGUAUAUAGGUUUCUUAGGACUGAUAUUUGCAUCAUUCCUCGUUUAUUUAAUGGAAAAAGAUGUCAAUAAAAAAUUUAGUAAUUUCGCACAGGCGUUAUGGUGGGGAGUUAUCACUCUGUGUACAGUGGGCUAUGGUGAUAUGGUGCCUGAGACGUGGCAGGGCAAAUUAAUAGCGUCCUUCUGCGCGCUUUUGGGCAUUUCGUUCUUUGCAUUGCCAGCGGGCAUUCUUGGCAGCGGUUUCGCCUUGAAAGUGCAGCAGCAGCAAAGGCAAAAGCAUAUGAUACGGCGACGGCAACCAGCUGCAACGCUAAUACAGGCCGUCUGGCGUUGCUAUGCCGCGGACGAGCAUUCAAUAUCGAUCGCCACCUGGAAAGUACACGAAGUGCCUUUACCAAGUCCGCCCACCUCUUCGGAAUAUUGGGAUAGAUUAUUUAAGAAUUUAAGUGAAUAUAGACGAGCUUCAUCUAGCUUUAAGCACAAUGCCUCAUUCGUUACACGUCUACCAACAAUUAGACGGCACCGGAGUCAGAACAUGCCGCCACGAGAGGUGAACACCAUUAUACCGCAGGGUCCGUCAAAAAUCACCAAAUACACGCGUACAAUGCGAGAGAUUAAUACGUCUGUGGAGAAUUUGGCAAAGCCCAAUCCCCGUAAAAACGAUUGUCAACAAAGGUUCAGCUCUAUUUCUCUUGGAAGUUUUUGUAGGAAUGCAACAAACAGCUCUCCGCAGCAGCAGCAACAAGACCAGCUACAAGUACCGCAACAACACACCGAUCAACAACAUCCAUUAACAUCAUCACAACAAAAACAACAGAAUUUCAAAACGCCACCCACCUCUGCACCAGUUGCAAAUCACAAUGCCGCGCUGCCAAUGAAUUCUUCCUGCGCCAAAAAUAUUGAUUUAGAGGCUAAUAGCCACAACAGUAGUACUGCUGCUUUGGCGAACAUACCUGUGAUUCUUUGCGGUUUCAUGCAGGGCGACUUUUUUGGUUCGAAUUUUUCACUGCCUCAAACAACGAACUGUGAUGAAGCGCAAGAUGAGAAACGCUACAAUCGGACGCAGUAUCUUGAACCGCGUCUACUGGCCAGUGUACAUGAUAAGCGAGGCAAUAGUAUGGGCGAGGGUCGAUGUCGUUUUGGUGGUCUAACCUUAGGCGGUAUAGGUGGUGGUGGCGCACGUGGCCGUGGUGGAUGUGUAGAAAAUGAAGAUGAAGAGCCGCGAUAUACACAACUGACGAGUCAACACAAAACGGCCAUAAGAUUCAUCAGAAAGCUGAAAUAUUUUGUGGCUCGCCGAAAAUUCAAAGAAGCUCUCAAGCCGUAUGAUGUUAAGGAUGUGAUGGAGCAAUAUGCGGCAGGUCACGUGGACUUGCUGGGUCGAGUCAAAAAUGUGCAUGCAAGACUCGAUCAAAUCCUGGGUAAGCAGGGAUCAAAAUCAAAAGAUGUUUACGCUUCUAAAAUUAGUCUAGCUUCGCGUGUAGUUAAAGUAGAGCGACAGGUCGCUGAUAUCGAAGAAAAAUUAGAUGUACUCAUCAAAGCGUAUAUGGAGGAUCGCGAACGCUUCUUAGCACUUCCAUUAUCUACACAGCCUGUAGUUAAACAUUCCAAUAAUAACAAUGAAGAUCACUCGAAACGGGACGAUUGGGGUACGGGCAAUAAUAAAAAUAGUAAUAGUAUAAAUACUAAUAAUACACAUGCGACAAUCAGUGCUAGAAGGGAUUUCUUCUCGACGACGAAAAUCGGGGUCAGAGAUGAUAGCAAGGUUUCCGAUGCGCGUGCGUUUGCGCCAUCCUACGAAUUAGCCUCGGUUAGUCCUUUUAAACUAUGUAGUGAUAAUGCCAUAUGCGAAAUAGAAAAUCCAAAGAAACGAGUAACUUUAAGAUCAACCUCCAAUCCUUGUGACAGAGGAAUAUACAAAGACGAUAAUUUUGCUAUAACGAUACCUGCUCUAACCGAACCUCUAUGUAGUAGCUUAAAACCGAAUUUACGAAAAGAAAACUCAAUUAUACUCAUCGAUGAGGUUGAAGAUUUCGAAGAGGAGGAUCUCAAUUGUGAAGGUGAAAUGGAUCACUACCCCUCCUGGGAGAUCGAUAGCGACGCUGGUGCAAAUGUUGAUCUCGAUUGUGAAGCGGCUGCCGAGGAUACUGCGCUACUGCAACAAAGAUCUCAUACGAAAAUUAUUAUAACUUCCGUUACACCUGUAAGCUCAGCAAAUAAUCUCACAGAUUUGGAUAAUGAGUCCGCGGAUACACCUACAAAAUCAUCAUUACUUUGCCCUCAAUCUGGCUAAAUUGUAUUAUUAUUUUUUACGUUUCGCAUUUUUUAUCCCAUUUGUGUUCAGAUUUAAGUAAAAAAAAAAUUGAUUAAAACAAAAAACACAUUUAGAAAAGUUAAUUCAUAGAAUUUUAAAAUUCAUCAAUUAUAGAAAAAUUAAAGAAAUAAUAGAAAGAUUAUACUGAAA